AUGAUUUGUGUAGAGUGUACUUACUCUGAUAUUGAUGUGUUGUAUUCUAAAUUCAAAAGUCAGUACAUUCGACUAAAAGUGUGUCCUAAUUGUGGUAAGGUGGCUGAUAAGUAUAUUGAGUUUGACAAUGUAAUUUUAUUUCUUGAUCUACUCUUGCUCAAACCACAGGCAUAUCGUCAUGUAGCUUACAAUGAAACAGAAAAGGAGAUUAUUCAUAACCUAGAAUAUUAUCAAAUUGAUAGCAGCGAAGGGAACUCGCUCCAUUUAUCAAUCAAAAAUAUACUAAGGACAUAUCGGAAACUUUUUAGGUUUCUCUUGAUGUACAUACUAUUUGAAGUGUAUUUGACAUGGGCAUAUGAAGAGAAAAAGUCAACGCAUUCUGUGUCAAUGAACUUCAUAUUAUCACAAGAGAUCUACCUACAAUACUUCUAUUUCAUACUAAAGCUGUUGACCGAAGUUACCAUCCUUAAUUCUUGCAUUCAAUUCAUAUUUCAUAAAUUCUUCCAAUGGGAUGACGUACGAUCAAUAAAUUUGCCUAGGGCCUCACAGCAAGGCUAUAGUAAAUCUGUUUUGUUCAUAACGGUGCUAAUGUCGAGUUCUAUCAGACUAUUUCCAAUACUAAUGCUUAUUUGGCCGUAUGAUAAUUCUACUGAUUCCUCGCUAUUCAUUAACUUGGUCGGUUUCUUCAAUACGAUCGAAGCGAUGAAGGUAGUAACCUCUAAGAAGUACUUGCAUAUAAUUGGAACAGUACUCCUUUCAAUACUCGUAGAGCAAGUAGUUUCUAAAUUGAUAUUGAGUACCAUUAUUAGUAGUCUUUCAGGAGUAUCUUUGUCAGACAUUCUUAUAAGUGAGUGGAUCGACUUUUUGGUCAAGCUCCAUGGCUAUGAAUCUUUGGUGUAUAGCUCGAUAGAGAGAGUAUUUUCUAUAUAG